UCGAUAAAAGGAUCACGUUUUCGGUCACAUUGAAAUAUUUCUGAAAGGUAUAUGAUUGAAAGAUCACCUCAUUCAUCUCUCAUUCCAAUUAUACCUUGUUAUUGAGUGUUCAGUAUUUUUUCGACAUAUUGGUGGGAAGCAGCCAACGGCAAGAUGUGUUGGUUAACUAAAUUAGCUGUUGUAUUAGCAGUGACAACAUGUGUAAAUGCGUCGUAUUUUGACUGUAGAAGAAACGGGAUUGUUUGUGAAAACUCUACAGCAUGUGACGACAAUACCGGAAACUGUACUUGUGACGCAGGGAUUAAUGAUGGACCAAACUGCGGGCUCGCUACUGAUACGAUAGUGUUAGACCAGGCUAUGAUGCUCAUGUGUGAAAAUAGUGGUAUAACUGUAGAGAAGUCAGGAGUAAAAUCGUGUUACUGUUUGGAUCCUACAUACUAUGGCACGUUAUGUGAAAAUAGACGAGCUGAAGUCACGUGCAGUGGAGAUUCUCUAAAUGUUACAAUUGUUCCGUAUCAACCAUUCAUGGGCCUAGUUUUUGUUAAAGAUAACAUGACAGAUACUGCGUGUGCUUUUAAUGAAUCAACUGAUGGAGAUGGUGUUGUGAGUUAUUUCGCUAAUUUAGGUGUCGAUAGUGGAUGUUCAAUCCAAACAACAAUGGAUUCUGCUAAUACCACAACUUACUCUGUGGAUGUGAAGUUACAAGCGUCUUCUACUUUUGUCACGUCUGGCGAUAUGGUAGUCACGGCUUCAUGUUCUUAUUCGAACUCUUCAAUGACAGCUGUAGAUGGUGGUGUAGGAACUGUUUCAGUUGAUGAUCCAGCAAACUUCACUAAAGAUACAACGGAAACAAAGUAUGACCCUGUUCAAUUCGCUGUUCUAAGGCGAGAUGGUUCUGCAGUUACUCCACCAUUGUUUCUCGGUGAUAAACUUAUGAAGAGAUUCGAACUAGCUGAUAAAAAAUUGUAUGAUUCUUUUGUGUUGGAAACCUGUACUGCUGUAAACGGUCCAAAUGCCCCAGUACGUAUCCGAGAAAUCACCAUUCAGAACGGGUGUCCUACCACAAUAGGAAGAAGUAUAAUUGAAGGAGAUAUCAUGUAUGACAUGAGCAUUCCUCGCAUUAUGGUUAACUUCACAGCCUUCCGAUUCUCCAACUCUCCGAUCGUAUCAUUUGAGUGCAGCGUUCGAGUCUGCCGCCCAACUGAAACUUGUAUUCAGCCAACGUGUACCGCCAAUAAUAUAGGCAGAAGAAGGCGUAGUGCUGAAAACCCCGAAGAAUUUAAUGUGGUAGAUACAAUUGCUGUACGUGAUCCUUAUAACCCAGAAGAAUUUGUACCCGAUAUCUAUCCGUCAUCCGAAUUAAGACCCGAGAUUCACCACCCCGAUCACAACACCGAUCAUGAACACCAGGUUGAGUCUCAACUCUGUGCUCAAUCGAAUGGUAUUCUGAUCGUAGUCAUAAUCCUUGUUGUGGCUGUUGUUCUACUAUUGCUUGCUACCACCUGUUUAACUGUAAAAGUUUUAAAGUCAAGAUCACAAGUCAAAGCCAUGCCCUGAGGGGCCAUACUAAGAAUUCCAUGAAAAGAUGCUAAAGGGGCGAUGGUUUGCUCUUUUGAAUGAUGAUUUAUUUAUUGGGAAUUCAAUAAAAGUUAUUGUUAUU